GGCCUAUUGGCCCAUCAGGUAUUGGAUAGUGAUUUUUUUCCCACAGGGUGCACCUGGCACGAGAAUUGAAAGAUAUUGCAGCUCUUGCUCAGAGACGGAGAGAGAGAGAGAAUCUCCAGUUCUCCUCUUCUGUUACUGUCUGCUAUACCAUGGGAUGUAGGCAAAGCUCUGAGGAGAAAGAGGCAGCGCGGCGGUCCCGGAGGAUUGACCGCCACCUGCGCUCUGAGAGUCAGCGACAACGACGUGAGAUCAAGCUCCUACUCCUGGGUACAAGCAACUCUGGCAAGAGUACUAUUGUCAAGCAAAUGAAAAUCAUUCACAGUGGUGGCUUUAACUUGGAGGCUUGCAAGGAAUACAAACCUCUAAUUAUCUAUAAUGCCAUUGACUCCCUCACACGCAUCAUUCGUGCUCUAGCCACCCUUAAGAUAGAGUUCCACAAUCCUGACAGGGCCUAUGAUGCCGUGCAGCUUUUUGCCCUGACUGGCCCAGCUGAAAGCAAAGGAGAGAUUACUCCUGAGCUUCUGGGAGUCAUGAAGCGGCUCUGGGCAGACCCCGGUGUGCAGGAGUGCUUCUGCCGAUCCAAUGAAUACCACCUAGAGGAUAAUGCUGCAUACUAUUUGAAUGACCUAGAAAGGAUUGCGGCAUUGGACUACAUCCCUACAGUGGAAGAUAUUCUGCGUUCUCGGGACAUGACCACAGGGAUUGUGGAAAAUAAAUUUACCUUCAAAGAGCUAACUUUCAAAAUGGUGGAUGUGGGUGGACAGAGGUCUGAGCGCAAAAAAUGGAUCCACUGCUUUGAAGGGGUUACAGCAAUAAUUUUUUGCGUGGAGCUGAGUGGAUAUGACUUGAAACUGUAUGAGGAUAACCAGACGAGUCGAAUGGCAGAGAGUCUGCGUCUCUUUGACUCCAUUUGCAACAACAACUGGUUUAUCAACACUUCCCUCAUCCUCUUUCUGAAUAAGAAAGAUCUUCUGGCAGAAAAAAUCCGGCGCAUCCCGCUAACCGUCUGCUUUCCUGAGUACAAGGGCCAAAACACUUACGAGGAGGCAGCAGUCUACAUCCAACGCCAAUUUGAGGACUUGAAUCGCAACAAGGAGACCAAGGAGAUUUACUCGCACUUCACCUGUGCCACUGAUACCAGUAAUAUCCAAUUUGUCUUUGAUGCGGUGACAGAUGUCAUCAUUCAGAACAAUCUCAAAUAUAUUGGCCUCUGCUAAAAAUCCAUGGGCCUCAAUCUGUUUUCCUGAGGUGACACAAAAGGGGCUUACCACCUCCAUUUGUGGUGGAAACAAUGGGGCAGUACUUCGAAGCCCAAGGAGAGGAAGGGGGAAAGCUGAAUUAUGUUCACAGCCCCCCCACAUCCCUUUUAUCCUCGCCGCAAACAUUUUUUUCAAAAAUACAUGUUUUGCAGGGUGCAAAGGCUCAAAAAAAAAGUUGAAGUGUAACUGUGUGGAAAUGUUAUCACCACAAUCACCGCUGGCUCAUUCUGUUUGUUUCAUUUCAUUUUCCUCAAAUGGCAGAGCUACCAUAGUCUAUGUAAGAAAUAAUAUUUCAUCCAACUGUCCUAAGAACCAUUUUACUGCGAGGAAGAUGCAGAGCUGUUGAAUGGGAGAUGGGCCUGCCUUGCAGUUUUUUUUUCUAGGAGAAAAGCUAGUUCCAAUCUAAAGGCAACAGAACAGGAGAAUUUCAGUAAAGCCUUCCUUACAGCUGUACAGAAGGAACACGUAUCCACCAUACUGGCACACACACACACACAUAGAGUAUAUACACACACAUCAUGUAUAGAGAUGCACACAACUCGCAGCAUAUACUGUUUACACACUUCUGCUCUGCUUCAUUAUGUGUCAUGGACAUCCUUCCUGUUAAAGGAAUUGUUGGUACAGAACUGUUCUAUGAUUUCUAGCCUGACCUUUAGCCCUUUCUUCAAAGCUUCAAAAUAUGCAGCAAAAGUACAUGAAUGAAAUAACUAAUUAAAACUAGGCCAAAUCAAGGUCAGUGUUUCUUCUACUGGUGAGGAAUUUUAUACAUCGAGAGUCUUCUUUACAUC